CUCCCCCUGCUGGUUAGCUGCUUAGCAUUUCUUUUGGAGCUUUUCAGUUUGCUGAUAGCAGGUGGGAAAUUGAUGUGGGUGUGGAGUUAAACAUGUUUCAGUCUGGCUACGGAGCAAAGAGGCCAACUCGGGCAAAGUGCAGAUGGGGUGGAAGUUGUCAUUCAGACGGCAAGGGUCAGUGCAGAUCACAGGAAACCAGAUGGGAGCAACUCAUCCGCCUCUGUAUUUGCAGGACUUGGCUCUGAACCCAAGCAUUCACAGCACUAUUUGACUUUCAUCAAACUUGGAAUUAAACAAAACUGACAUCCCUUUAGAGAGGCAGAGAUGCAACAGGCAGUGCAACGUGACACUAUGAAAUCUGGGUUUAAGCCAUCCGAGGCUUGAUGAUGGGUUUAUUUAUAUUUUAUUCAAAGUCCCAAUCAACAGCAUCUGUGCAAACGACAUAUCUGUUUCUAAUUAAUCAGUGUCUGUGUUAGGCUCCAACUGAUACCUUGGUAGAGAGAUGGAGUUACAUUUUAAUUCUGCCUUGAAUAUUAUGACAGCUGUUUUAGUGACGGGUGUAGACAGAGAUUAGACUUCCUGGGCCAGACGGUUAAAUUAAAACUUGAGCAAAACUGUAAUAAAACACUCAGUGCCAUCAUUAUAACACAAACAGAUGUGAUGAUGAAGUAUGAGAUUCAAUGAGAAAAUGGAUGACUAACGCUUGUUUUUAGACCAUGGGCUGCAUGGUGGCGCAGUUGUUAGCACUGUUGCCUCGCAGCACGAAGGUCGCAGGCUCGAAACUCGGCUGUGGCCUUUCUGCGUGGAGUUGCGUGUUCUCCCCAUGCAUGCGUGGGUUUCCUCCGGGUACUCUGGUUUCCCCCACAGAUCACAACAUGCCCUACAGGUUAUAAAUUGUAAGUCGCUUUGGAUAAAAGCGCCUGCUAAAUAAAUAAACAUAAACAUAGAUCGUCUUUGAUUGGUUCUGGGUGAGAAAAACAAGGGAAAUGUUUACAUUUGCAAGAAGAUUUUUUUUUCUGUAGUGAUUAAUUUUCUCGAUGAUCGACUUUCUCAUGUUUCAUCUGAUCUACGGCCGUAUGUCGACAUUCGGGUGAAGAGAGAGACGGAGUUGUCAACUGACCACUACCUGGUGGUGGGUUGGCUCUGAUGGCGGGGGAGGAUGCCGGUCAGACCUGGCAGACCCAAACGAAUUGUGAGGGUCUGCUGGUAACAUCUAGCAGAGUCUCCUGUCAGCAAGAGCUUCAACCCUCCUCCGACAGAACUUCCAAAACGUUCCAGGGGAGGAGGGGAACAUCGAGUCCGAAUGGGCCAUGUUCCAUGCCUCCAUUGUUGAGGCGGCCGACCGGAGCUGUGGCCGCAGGAUCGUCGGUGCCUUUCGUGGUGGCAACCCCCAAACCCGCUGGUGGACACCGGAGUUUAGGGAUGCUGCCAAGCUGAAGAAAGAGUCCUUUUGGUCUUUUGGGCCUGUGGGACUCCAGAGGCUGCUGAUAGCUACCGGCAGUCCAAGUGGAAUGCGACUCAGGUAGCAAAAACCCGGGCGUAGGAGGAGUUCGGUGACAUCAUGGAGAAAGACUUCCACAUGGCUUCAAGGAGAUUCUGGUCCACCAUCCGGCGCCUCAGGGGAGGAAAGCAGUGCGCUACCAACACUGUUUCUAAUGGGGACGAUGUGCUGCUGACCUCUACUCAGGACGUUGUGGAUCAGUGGGCAAAAUACUUCAAAGACCUCCUCAAUUCCACCGGCACCUAUUGCAGUAAGGAAGCAGAGUCUGGAGACUUUGGGUGCUGAGGUCACUGAGGUUGUCAAAAAGCUCUUCGGUGACGAGGCUCCGGAGGUGGAUGAGAACCGCCCAGAGUUCCUUAAGGCUCUGGAUGUCGUAGGACUGUGUUGGUUGAUGCAGUUCUGCAAUAUUGCGUGAAAAUCGGGGUCAGUUCCAUUGGACUGGCAGACUGGGGUGGUGGUCCCCCUAUUUAAGAAGGGGGACCGCAGGGUGUGCUCUAACUACUGGGGGAUCACACUCCUGAGCCUCCCUGGUAAGGUCUAUUCAGGGGUCUGGAGACUAGGGUGGAUUUCUAAGCUCAGCCAAGGUGUUUAGGGGAUCCGUUUUGGUGGCCUAAGGAUUGAGACUCUGCUUUUUGCAGAUGAUGUGGUCCUGUUGGAUUCAUCAGAACGUGAUCUCUGGCUUUAGCUGGAGUGAUUUGCAGCUGAGUGUGAAGCAGCUUAAAUGAGAAUCAGCUCCUCUAAAUGCGAGACCAUGGUCUUGAGUUGGAAAAGGGUAGAAUGCCUUCUCUGGGUCAGGGAUGAGGUCCUGCCUCAAGUGGAGGAGUUUAAGUAUCUCAGGGUCUUGUUCACAAGAAAGAGAAAAUUGGAGCGCAACAUCAACAGGCAGAUUGGUGCUGCAUCUGCAGUGAUGCGGGUGUUGUACCGAUCUGUCGUGGUGAAGAGAGAGCUGAGCCAGAAGGCGAAGCUCUUGAUUUACCGGUUGAUCUACAUUCCUACCCUCACCUAUGGUGGGGAUGUUUAGAGAGAACGGCGGUGCCUGUGUACGGCAGACUCGCCUCUGUCAGUGUGCCCCAGGGCAGUUGUGGCUACAAUGUAGCUCAUCCCCACUGGGCUGUGAAUGUUUGUGUGAAUGGAUGAAUGACUGAUUGUGUUGUAAGGUGCCUUGGGGGGUUCCAAGACUCUAGAAAAAGCUAUAUCAAAUACAGACCAUUUACCUAUUGUCAGGAGCUUUGGGUAGUGACUGAAAGAAUGAGGUUGCAGAUGCAAGCGGCCAAAAUGAGAUUUCUCUGCAGAGUGGCUGGGCUCUCCCUUAGAGAUAGGGUGAGAAGCUCGGUCAUCCAGGAGGGGCUCGGAGUAGACCAGCUUGUCCUCCACAUCGAGAGGAGCCAGUUGAGGUGGCUCGGGCAUCUGAUUAGGAUGCCUUCCUUUUCUGGGCACGUCCAGCCGGGAAGAGAGACCCAGGACACCCUGGAGGGACUGUCUCUCGCCUGGCUAGGGAACGCCUUGGGAUUUUCUCGGAAGAGCUGGCCCAAGUGGCUGGGGAGAGGGAAGUCUGGGCCUCUCGUUUUAGGCUGUUGCCCUUGUGACCUGACUCUGCAUAAGCAGAAGAAAAUGGAUACGUGGAUAGAUCGAUGGAUGGAUGGAUGGAUGGAUGGAUGGAUUAAUUUUCUUAAUUAAUUCAGCUCUUAACAUUCAAACCUUUUUUGUUCUCAGAUCAAUUUUACUUCUGUUAUGGCACAUUUUUGGAUGAAAUUAUACUAAUGUAUACUCCUUGAGAAAAAGAUUUCACUACAGUGUGUGUUGUAAUUUCUUUAUUAUUUGAGACUCCUUUAAGUGGCGUGUCCCUUGCUAUUCACUUUGUGCUUUUACUGGGAAAAUAGUUGAGCUGGGUUGGAGUUUCUAUGGAAACGGUGCAUCUAGUUGAGGAUGUCAAAGCCCUUGCCCUGACUGAGGUCACUCUGUCAGCUACAAGAUAAUGUGAUUGCUCUGGACCUUCGUUGUUCAGCAGAGCAAGACUUUGCAAUCCCCAAUGAGAAAAUAAAAAGGCAUUUAAUUUAUUUGCUUUAUUCACUGUCAUGUGAGUAAGUUCAAUUUGAUAAACAAAGGUGGCUGAUUGUUUAUUGUGUGCUUUGGGACGUUACUGGGAAAAACAUUUUAAAGUUGUAAAAAAAAAUUAUUUUUUAAAAUUAAUGUGAAGCUCCUGAUCUUUUUCGUGAUGAUGAGACUAAAUGAACAUGUUACAGAUCAAUAGAGAGCCUGAAAGGAACAAACGAAUACUCCCAGAUGUAGUCUGCUUCUUUAUGACCCCUUUCAAAAGACCAACAAUCAAGAGGAUGCUAUUUGGCUGAGAGAGCUCUCUAUUUAUUGUCAAUAGGGAUGCAACAAAAAGGUCUUAAUUAUGUGAUUUCCUCAGAGGAAGCUUCCUCAAACCCAAACCAACCUGUUACUUUAUUGCUUCCCAUCUAUCUUAUGUUGGUCUUAGUGUGUGACCCAUGAACAAGGCAUUAUCAUAAUUUCUGGAUUCUGCUGUGCAUUGGUGACAUCUCUCUGAUAAUAUUCUCACCGAGAUACUUUAUUACAGUUAUUAUAAAAAAUAAAUCAUUCUGAGUGACACAGAGUAAACCUUUGAUCUUUUAGAGAGAAAAAAAAUCAUUUGCUUUAGAAUGUUUAAAAGAAACAAAGUAAAUGUGUCACCGGGUCAAGUAACUGCACUUUUCUCCAACCCUGACUCCCCCUUGGACGGAUCAUUGGGGGCAUGUCCCUUUAAAUUAUGUACCUUUAAACGCCACUUUUCCAUUUAACUACAUUUCCCACACGCCUUUUCAACAAGGCGGACACACGCAAUCGAGUCAACCAAUCGUAAGAGCACACAGACGAGCGCGUACUUCGAAAUGGCAUUACAUCCUCCAAUGAGCUUCGGUUAUUUCAUAGUUCAAGGUGUCAGACCAAUCUGUGUUGCCUCUAUUCCUAUUGUCCAAUCAUAAGCUUGUAGUGUCACGCGCUGACGAUGUUGCUCUCUACCAAUCAACUUCUUUGUAGAGUUUAAACCGUGCGCGCGGGCGGUCCUACAUAGUUUAAGGCGGAGCCUUGUCCGGACUCGUGCAUGAAUUUGAAUUCAGACAACUUGAUGUUGAGUUAUUAGUCAGCCGCACAAACUCAACAUUAACUUUAACACUGUUUAGCCUCUAAUUCACUCCAAACGGUGCUCGGUGUAGCCUGCCUGCCUUAACUUGCAUUAACACUGCGUUAAAACGGCUCCUCCGUGUUGCUGCUACAGGCUUCUGCGCAAAAGGAAAGCUACUUGCAAUGAAAGCGGGCGUCGUCCACUGCCGGUGUUCAAAAUGCUACUCUGUUCCGACACGGAAGCGAGUCCGUCAACGAUCUCCAGACUUAACUUUGCUCUCCCUGCCUGAGGAAGUCGUUCUAUGUGUGCUUCAGUGCCUCUCUGCUGAGGAUCUGCUGUCAGUCAGAGCGGUUCACUCCCAGCUGCGGGACACUGUUGACAACCACUCGAGUGUGUGGGCCAGGGUCAGUUUCAGAGACAAGUGGCCGUCCCCCGACACCUUGUGGCUGUUUGAAAGAGCUGCUGAAAAGGGGAAUUUUGAAGCUGCUGUGAAACUUGGAGUUGCUUAUUUGUACAAUGAAGGACCGUUGCUGAGCGAUGAGGGGCGAGCAGAUGUGUGUGGUCGAAAAGCCUCCCACUUCUUCAGUUUGGCUGAGAGUCUCCGCUCCCCCAAAACCGAUCCCUUCACUUGGGUGUUCAUCCGUCCACCGUGGUCGCCCACUGGCAGCUGCUGCAAGGCCGUGGUGUUUGAUCGCCUCAAGGCUGAGUGCGAUGGCAACAUGGAGAAGAAGGGACCCUUGUUGCACUGUUUGGCCAGAGUUUUGCUUCUUUUUGAAGACGAGGGGCGACGCUCCAACGCUGUAUCUCUGCUGGAGGAGUCGUCUCAGGCCGGCUGUCUGCUGAGUUCUUAUCUGCUGUGGGAGAACAGCCGCAAAGCAGCUAUCUCAGACCCAGGAAGGUACCUGCAGUGUGUACGAACCCUCAGAGACUAUGCUGGUAAAGGAUGCUGGGAGGCACAGCUUUCUCUGGCCAAAGUGUGCAGCAGCGGGAAUCCACUUGGUCUCGAGUCCAAGGCCUGCUCAGACGUAGUGGCCCAAAUGUUCAGCUCUUCUAAUCCAGUACAAGGACGCGGCGCUCAGGGCAACCCCAGGCGAAGCAUCAAGGACACCAUGAGGUACAUCCUGGUGGACUGGCUCGUAGAGGUGACCACCAUGAAGGACUUCUCCAGCUUGGCGCUACAUGUGACUGUAGGCUGCGUGGAUCGCUACUUGGCUCUGCGCUCGGUCCCCAAAGCUCGCCUGCAGUUGUUAGGCAUCGCCUGCAUGGUGGUUUGCACACGGUAUAUUAGUAAAGAAAUCUUAACCAUCCGAGAGGCUGUUUGGCUCACAGACAACACGUAUAAAUACGAAGACUUGGUGCGGAUGAUGGGGGAGGUUGUUUCUGUGCUGGAGGGGAAGAUCAGAAGCCCCACGCUGCUGGACUAUGGGGAGGUGCUGCUCUCUCUGCUCCCCAUGGAGAGGAGAUCCACUCACCUGUUCAGCUACAUCUGUGAGCUGUCGCUGCUCUACUCCGCUCUAGCCUCUCCUCCCCCUGCCAAACUGGCCUGUGCCACACUACUCCUCACACGAGCGCUGCAUCACUAUGGUCCCGUCUGGCCCUCCCUGUUGUGUGAUCACACCGGCUUUACCAAACAGGACCUCAUUCCUCUCUCUGUGCUGCUUUAUGUCAAGUGUUUCAGUGAAGAUGUUCCCAAAGAUCACAGACACGUGUCUCUGGCUGGUGUUGUGCAGCGAUUUGAAGACGAGGCCUACCAGCAAAUCAGCAAAGAAAAGGUGAUGGAUUUUAAAGAGCUCUGUCAGAUCUUGGAGAUUCCUGAAAUUGAGCCUCAGAUGGAACCUCCCAGUCCCACCAGUGGUCAACCAGCAGACAUUCACACCUUCCUGGCUUCCCCGUCAAGCACCAGUAAGAGGAGACGAGAUGACAGCGUUCAGGACCACAGGGACAGUUUGGUGGCCACGCCCACAGCAGAGCUGUCCAAUCAGGAGGAGACGCUGUUGGGAGACAUCCUGGACUGGAGUCUGGACUCUUCCAGCUCUGGUUAUGAGGGUGAUCAAGAGGAAGAAAGCGAUGGAGAGAAAGAUGUGGAUUCUUCCAUGAUAUCCAUCAAACUGCACUCACUGGCUGGUGCUGAUGAUGGACGCGAACACUGCCGAGCUCUGUCCAGUGAUGAAGACAGCUUCUGUGAAGUAGAAGUGAGCAAGGGUCACCAAGGUGAAGAAGCCCUCUCCGUGUCUGCAGACCCUCAUAGUUCAGGGUACUCAUCCGUCCAGAGCGUUAGCCCCUCGUCCACAUGCUCCUCCUCCUCCUUCAUGCAUUUUGCAUUUAGGACCUUUACCACCUCUCUGGGCGUGGCCUCCACUAACGCCCAGCCAGGUUUCCGCCUGUUGGUGCCCAUGCAGAGGCCCAAAGGCACCUUCGCCAAACAAGUGAAGAGGAAGAACAUUGCAGCUCAUAGUGGAGGUGAAGUGGAACGAGACGAUGAUGACGACUUGGAAAGGGAAGGGUUUUCUGCCCGUGCUGGGUUUCUAAGCCUGUAGGAGGCGAUAUUUUUACGACUCACUCCGUUUCAAACCCGUCUUCACCAGCUGUCUCUCACUUAGUUCGUCAACCGCCAGAAGAUCAAUAGACUGGCUUUAAAGACUUGAAAGGGAAAACAAACACAAUUAGGGAUUGCUUGGAAACUCGUCGUUCUACCACAUUUCAUUUCCAUGAUUACAGGCGCGGAGCGGUUGGAAAUCGCUCCCGUGAACUCGCGGUCAUCUCUGAAACCCCCUGGAAUAUGACUUGAUUGUUGCUCGGGAGCCUGGUGCUUUUCAGCCUGCUACAACAGCCUAGCUGAGAUCACAUUACUUAGCUGUAAAAGAAAUAAAAACCACCGAUUUACUGUUUCAGGUGGGAAAGAAAGUGUUGUUAGGGAAAAAAAAAAGCUGUUAUAGUUUUUGUGACUAUUAAUAUCGUCAAAGCCUUUGAUAUGCACUGUCUGUACAGGACAACCUUGUAUUUGGUGAAUUUCAUCAUAAGGCUACUACUGUGAUCUAGUUGGUGAAAGUUUGCAUCUGAAGAGGAGGCCCUCUUGCUUUUGUUUUGUCUUACAUGUUUGCCAAAGGUGCAGAGGUGUCAUUGGUCUUUCCCGUGGCCUCUGUCCAAUCACACACAGCUGUGAAAUGCAUCACUUUGAGUCGGCAGCAGUCCCAACCGCACCACUCUGCUGUUGGUGACCUGUGGCACGUUAAACCCAACAAGAGCCACACACAGGUGUGUGUGUGUGUGUUCACUAAUCAAGAAGCUGCAACAUAAAACUCCAACAGACUGAUGUGGUUUUAAUUUUCCUCCAGAAUCAAGUCGGGCACUUUUUUCAUCACGGGUGUGCAAUUCAGAUGAAAUGUAACAUGCUUCUGAACGUUGGGCACGGAGGGACUUUUAAUGAAUUUGUCUUUUUUCUGCCUUGGACACCAUCACAGUUCACACACUAGAGGGAAAAGAUGACCCAACGGGCUUGUACGUGUACUGUAUGCCCCAUUGAGGACACAAAAUAGUAAAUAAUGUUUACAUGACUGUGACUGACUGUAAAUACAUUCUUGUAAACUGUUACUUCUGUCUGGUUGUUUUUGUUUCAUGUAUAUAGUGCUUUAUGAAUGAAUGAGAAGAAGUCAAACCAACAUGCCACUACAACUUGAAAUUGUGUUUGCUUCAUCCCAAAAGGGCAGUUUUUAGCUUUUAGGUUGUUUUUUUUUACACUGCAGUGUUUAUUUGGGUGUGAAUGUGUAUUUGUAUGUUUAUUUUGUACGAAGUUCAAAUAAACAAAAACAAUUCCUGUC